UCUGUGUUACUCAGAGUGAGUGCCUGUGUCCCUGGGUGGGGGUCUGUGUCUCUCAGGGUAAGGGUGAGGGUCUGUGUCUCUCAGGGUAAGCGCCUCUGUCCCUGGGUGGGAAUCAGCGUCCAUUGGGGUGGGGGUCUGUGUCUCUCAGGGUGAGGGUCUGUGUCUGUGUCUAACAGAGGUGAGGGUUUCCUGGUGUGUAUCCAGUGACAGGGCGUGGGUCUCUCAGUCUGCCUGCAUUCUUAGACAGGAGUGAUGAUCUCUGGAUUUGUCUCUUCACGCAGACAGGACUGAAGAUCUUUUGAUGCUCAAUGGAAGGGUUUGACUGCAUUCCCCCACAAAUGAGACCGUGAGGAAUUCCAUUGGCAUCUUUCUCCCCCCUGUUCGGGUCAUUGACUUCACUAAUUCCCUGGCACGAUACAACAGAUCUGAAGCGCUCAUUCGAUUUGACAAGCCUGCAGCAUAUCUCUGGAUGGCUGUCGAUUUUGGCAGCACCGUUGAGAACAGGAGUCAGUCCAUGCCAGGAGAGACUAUGGUGACAGGGACUGAGUGAGUGAAAGAAGAUGAUGUACUCCUCCAGACGCAAACCUGUUCUCUAUUUCACUAAGGAAGAUAGCAGGUCAGGCCUGCUCCUUAGGAUGUUACCGAGAUGUUCCAUCUUUAAACUAUUCUGUACUUUAAUACUACUUGGAUUUUUCUCUGUUAUAUGGCUGCACUACAACUGCACAAUAAGCAGCAGUCGGAACAGCAACGACGAUGCCUUGGUGCACAAAUCUUGUCAGGAAGAGACCGACAAUUCUGCCUGGGGCCCUCACAAAAUCGCAAUCAUUGUCCCUUUCAGGGAGCGAUUUGAAGAACUAUUGACUUUUGUGCCAUACAUGCAUGCAUUUUUAAACAAGAAGAAAAUCAGGCACAAGAUCCUUGUAAUCAACCAAGUUGAUCACUUCAGGUUUAAUCGAGCUUCUUUGAUAAACGUGGGUUUCCUGGAGAGUGGCAAUGAUACGGAUUACCUCGCUAUGCAUGACGUGGACUUGUUACCCCAGAAUGACCAGCUGGAUUAUGGGUAUCCUGAAAAGGGGCCAUUUCAUGUGGCUUCCCCAGACCUUCAUCCUCUCUACCAUUACAGCAGCUAUGUAGGAGGGAUCCUCCUCCUGACCAAGCAGCAUUUUGAACUGUGUAAUGGAAUGUCAAAUCGGUUUUGGGGAUGGGGCCGUGAGGAUGAUGAAUUUUAUCGUAGAAUCUCAGCAGCAGGGCUGCAGUUGUACCGUCCGACUGGAAUCAAAACUGGGUAUCAAACCUUCAAGCAUAUCCAUGACCCAGCAUGGAGGAAGCGAGACCAGAAGAGAGUGUCGAGACAGAAGCAGGAACAGUUUAAAAUUGACAAAGAAGGUGGUUUAAAAACCCUGAAGUACAGCGUAGUGUCGAGAUCUGAGCUGACAAUUGAAGGGGUACACUGCCUCAUCAUUAACAUCCUGUUGGAAUGUGACCUGAAUGAAACUCCAUGGUGUGUCAUAAACUGAUUGGACCAAGCCAGAAACUAACAGGAUCUCACUUUGCUGACGUGGUUAUGGCGAUAUCAUGAAUGGACCUAUCACUGUGUGGUCAUGGGCCCCUGUUCCUACCAGAGAUGCCCUCAACACAGAAUCAGGUGCUAAAGUAAUGCAGUAUUAGAGGGAGGCACAGAUGGACUUUCCCUUCUGGCUGAACUGUGCUGAUAGUUUCUGUUUCACAUUACUGCAUUGUAAAGGUCAUCGAGGAUGGAGUAAUAUGUUACUCAGGGGAAGUUGCUCACAAAUGAACAUCCAGUUUAAUUUUUUAUUUGGAAUAUUUUUACCAUUGAAAUUGUUUUAUUAUUGAAAACAAGAUCUGUCAACCAUUGGAAGUGGUCCCGUGAUGGAUUGUACCAUUUUACUCUGGUGAAGAACUUGUCAUCUAUCAUUGUUAUACCACAGUUUAUUCUGUCUGGAGCUGAUGAGAUACUUGAGUCAAGGGAACCUUUUACCUGAAUUCAGUGACGACCAGGAAUUGUGUGAUUUUUAUAAACUUUUGCCUUCACAAUAAGCCGUAAAACACCCAUGAGUGUGAUUUAAAGCCUAAUUUUUGAUUCAGAUUGAUGGAACAAAUGUUUACAAAGAACUGGAUACUAGUGCUCCCUUAUUCCAUGUUGGCGAGCACGGUUAUUAGACACAGACAGGCAGUAGCUUACUACAAGUCCACCAGGGUGGGCACCUGACUUUGUUGAAUGCUGUUACACGUUUUGAAAUUCGGCCAAUAUGAAUGCUGUAAAGGUGACCAUCUGUCCAGCGAGGAAAGUUAUAUUUCCGAACAGUGUAAAGGGUGGGAAGGAUUUUAUAAUGAAGGAAACGGACACAUCAGGUGAAUAGGAGGCAAUGUGCUUUACACUUUUACAGCUGAUUCAUUGUGAUAUCAUAAAGAAAACCUUUGUCUACUUAAGGCUACUGUUACAAUGACUCCAUGGCUGUGAUCUGUGGGGCCCCUGCUCAUCCUGAUUCAUUCUCAGCAAACAUCAUGAUAAGGAGCAGAACAGUGAUCCUCUUGGAUGUCCUGCCACCUGGUGGAAUAUUUGCAAUACUACUACAGUAAAGUAUUAAAUGGGUGAACUUUCAUUGUUGACCUGGUCAUUUAGUUGCACACUUCAUCAUGAUUUUUAUUCGCCCUGUUCUGAAGCUGUUUUCAGUUUCUGCAGUUGCUUUGGAAAUGGCUUUUUAAAAAAAACUUACAUCUUUCAAAAAUCAAAUCUUUCUGGUGAUGAAAUAUGAAAUGAAAUAUAAGCAAGACCUUAUGGUUCUUAUAAUAAGACUUUAAAAAAGGUCUUGGCCUAAUUAUAAUCAGGAGACAGCAAACAGAAUUGUACUAGGUUGACAGGAAGAGAGUAACUCGAAGCACAAAUAUAAAUAUUGUUUGAUCUCUUUGUGUUCUUGAAGCAUUUGGAUCCAUUGAAUUAGGAAAAAAAACUCAAUGCUUUAAGGUUGCACAUUCCUUUUUAUGUAGCUCAAUGAAGGGUACCUUACCCUCCAGGUUAAUGGCUGUUGGAGGGUUACAGUAGUAAGCUAAGGCAAUGCUGGCAUUUAUCAAUGAAAUGGGUGGAUUUAUAAGUAAAUCUACAACUGCAAAGACCUUUUAGAAUAUUUCCAUUUGUUUUAGUGUCUGAUGCUUUGCUAUGUAGGCCCAUGAGAGUGGGGAUGCAAUAAGUUCAGUAUUGGUGCGUAGCAACUGCCAUUCCAGUGCAUUUCUUUAUCAUAUUUAUUAAUUUUGCAGGUAACUCAUAGAAAUAAAUUAAUUUUACCAAU